UUGCGCGAGGCGGCGGCUGGACCCCGCCAUCUUGGUCGGUGGCGGUAAGAACACGUUGUGCGUCGGAGAGCUGAAGGCUAGCGCCGCUCUGACCGCUGCACGCCCCUUUGUAAGGGGACCGUCGUCUCCAGGCAAGCCAGAUAUUCUUUGUUACAAUUAUGGCAGACAAAUUAACAAGAAUUGCUAUUGUCAACCAUGACAAAUGUAAACCUAAGAAAUGUCGACAGGAGUGCAAAAAGAGUUGCCCUGUGGUUCGAAUGGGAAAAUUAUGCAUAGAGGUUACACCCCAGAGCAAAAUAGCAUGGAUAUCUGAGACUCUCUGUAUUGGUUGUGGUAUUUGUAUUAAGAAAUGCCCCUUUGGCGCCUUAUCAAUUGUCAAUUUGCCAAGCAACUUGGAAAAAGAAACAACACAUCGAUAUUGUGCCAAUGCCUUCAAGCUUCACAGAUUGCCUAUCCCUCGUCCAGGUGAAGUUUUGGGAUUAGUUGGAACUAAUGGUAUUGGAAAGUCAACUGCAUUAAAAAUUUUAGCAGGAAAGCAAAAGCCAAACCUUGGAAAAUAUGAUGAUCCGCCUGAUUGGCAAGAGAUUUUGACUUAUUUCCGUGGAUCUGAAUUACAAAAUUACUUCACCAAGAUUCUAGAAGAUGACCUAAAAGCCAUUAUCAAACCUCAAUAUGUAGACCAAAUUCCCAAGGCUGCAAAGGGGACAGUGGGAUCUAUUUUGGACCGAAAAGAUGAAACAAAGACACAGGCAAUUGUAUGUCAGCAACUUGAUUUAACUCACCUUAAAGAACGAAAUGUUGAAGAUCUUUCAGGAGGAGAGUUGCAGAGAUUUGCUUGUGCUGUCGUUUGCAUACAAAAAGCUGAUAUAUUUAUGUUUGAUGAACCUUCCAGUUACCUUGAUGUCAAGCAGCGUUUAAAAGCUGCCAUUACUAUUAGAUCUCUAAUAAAUCCAGAUAGGUACAUCAUUGUGGUGGAACAUGAUCUAAGUGUAUUGGACUAUCUCUCUGACUUCAUCUGCUGUUUAUAUGGUGUACCAAGUGCUUAUGGUGUGGUCACUAUGCCUUUUAGUGUAAGAGAAGGCAUAAACAUUUUUUUGGAUGGCUAUGUUCCAACAGAGAACUUGAGGUUCAGGGAUGCAUCACUUGUUUUUAAGGUAGCUGAGACAGCAAACGAAGAAGAAGUUAAAAAGAUGUGUAUGUAUAAAUAUCCUGGGAUGAAGAAAAAGAUGGGCGAGUUCGAGCUAGCAAUUGUAGCUGGAGAGUUUACAGAUUCUGAAAUCAUGGUGAUGCUGGGGGAAAAUGGUACAGGUAAAACCACAUUUAUCAGAAUGCUUGCUGGAAGGCUUAAACCCGACGAAGGAGGAGAAGUACCAGUUCUGAACGUCAGUUAUAAGCCACAGAAAAUCAGUCCCAAAUCAACUGGAAGUGUUCGCCAAUUACUGCAUGAAAAGAUCAGAGAUGCUUACACUCAUCCACAGUUUGUGACUGAUGUAAUGAAGCCCCUACAGAUUGAAAACAUCAUUGAUCAAGAGGUGCAGACAUUGUCUGGUGGUGAACUUCAGCGAGUAGCUUUAGCUCUCUGUUUGGGGAAACCUGCUGAUGUCUAUUUAAUUGAUGAACCAUCUGCAUAUUUGGAUUCUGAGCAAAGAUUAAUGGCAGCCCGAGUCGUGAAACGUUUCAUACUUCAUGCAAAGAAGACAGCUUUUGUUGUGGAACAUGACUUCAUCAUGGCCACCUAUCUAGCAGAUCGCGUCAUCGUGUUUGAUGGUGUUCCAUCUAAGAAUACAGUUGCAAACAGUCCUCAAACUCUUUUGGCUGGCAUGAACAAAUUUUUGUCUCAGCUGGAAAUUACAUUCAGAAGAGAUCCCAACAACUACAGACCACGAAUAAAUAAGCUCAAUUCAAUCAAGGAUGUAGAACAAAAGAAGAGUGGAAACUACUUUUUCUUGGAUGAUUAAAUUGAAUCUGAGAUUAUCAAUAAGCCAUUUACUUACUGGGAUUUUUAUCAUAUAAAACUUUAAUCAGGUUUUAUGGCCCCACAUACUCUGGAGUUUGAAGUAUGAUUUUCUUAAUGUGACAUCAAAAGCCAGUUGUACUGUAAAUUGUUAUUUAAGAGCUUUUCUGUCCUUAAGAUAAAUCUCUGGGCAUACUUCACUAAAAUGGAGACAUUUCAAAUAUGCAAAUCACCUCUGGAUCUCCAUGAUCUGUGGAGAGAUUUUCAGCUCUGUAUUAUAUUCAUGUACCAGAUGCUUACUUAGUGGUGUUGUCCAUAUUUUAAAAUCUUGGAUUUUAAAAGUAUACCAGCAUAAUGAAAUUGCCCUAUUUAAUAGCCAGUCAAAGACUACACUGCUAAGGUCUGAUAAAUAAACACCAGGAUUAUAUUUGCUACUUGUUUUCAGUCUGUGACUAUAUUAUCAGUGUGUAGCUGCUUUCAAGGAACAUUGUCUGCUACAAACACCAUUGUUAGAAGGUGGAUGUUCGUGACCAACUUUUGCAUUUUUUUUAAAUUUGGGGGGGGGGGGUUGAACAUCUGUCAAAAAUUUUCAGUACCCUAAUUUAACUCUAGGUUUUUGGUUUUUACAUUCUAAGAUUUACUUUGUAAACAUAAAUUUAUAUAAUCAAGAUGAGAGGAGGUAUUUCUGAGUAUUUGCUUCCUAUAAAACUACUUGGGCUGGGGAGAUGGAUCAGUCAGUAAAGUGCCAACUGCACACUCAUGAGGACCAGAUAUUAGACAGUAGGAUUCUAAUACUGGUCCUGGGAAGGGAAGUCAGACAGAUCCUAGAGCAGGGCUGGCCAGCCUAACAGAAUCUGUGAGUGCUGUGUUCUGGGAAAGAUCCUGUCUCAACAAGUUAGGUGGACAGCAGUUGCCUGGCUCUAGCACAGAGAUUUGUAUGUAUGUAUACACAUACAUACAUACACACACACACCCCUACCCCUACAGAUAUAGUCUUUACAAUUGGUGACUUAAGUAUCUGGAUGUUAGAGUUUUGUUUUUAGUUUUGUUUUGAGACAGUGUCCUGUAGCCCAGGACAACCUUGAACUGAGCCCAUUAUCCAGGCUUGGGUUAUGCAGUGCUGAGAAUCAAACCAGGGCUCGUCAGGCCAGGGAAGCACUCUACCAACUAAGCCACCUCCCCAACCUUCUGUUAUAGACUACAGAUUUUUCUGUUGAGCAACCAAGGGCAACAUUAAGCCACUUCUCCAAUGAGUGCCAGAAAUAGCAAUACAAAGUUUCCACUGCUGCAGAACAUAUUCAUUUGUAGGUGCGGAUACAAAGGACAUUAUCCAAACCUUACUAAUAUGCUGAACUAGAAUUAUGAGGAAGGUAGAUUACAGUGAAUAAUGGGGCCAGCAGAACAGGAAAAAUAGAUUUGGCAAAACUAUUAGAUUAUUAGAAUUUUAAUAAUCUUGAUUAACUUGAUUAAUGAUAGAAAGUUGGUUUUGACUGGACCCCAUUAGGCAUUCUAAAAUGAAUUUAUAUGAAUAAUCCAUAAAUACAUAUCUGUUGUAAAACAAUGCAAAUAUACAGAAAUAUAUGGAAUAAAAAUUUUCUCCCUUCAUUACUCUGA